AUGACCACGAGAGCUACUCGAGUUGAAAGGAGACUGAGGGGGCCCCGGGUCAAUGUUAGGGGCGCCGAGGUGGCUGUGGUUAGGCCGCGGGAGUUCAGUAGACACGUCGUGAAUAAGGAUGUCAGUUUUUUUAUGCUCCUUCUUGCUGCUGAUGCGGUGACAGAGCACCGAAGGGAUGAGAGCGAUAUGUUGAGUACCGAGCGUCUCGCCUUCGAAAUGGGCCUCGUGAAUAUGGGCUGCGCACCACUCGGUUCACCAGAGAUCCCAAAGAACCUGUCGGAUGUAGACGGCAGCGCAUCCUCUGCGGGAGACUCUGACAGCGUUGCUGACAGGACCCACAACGCUGCCAGUAUCGUUGAAGACGAAGAAAAAUUUCAUUCCCGGGACGUCUUCCGUGAUGACAUCUUGCUCCGCGUGAUGGGAUUUCUGCCGUGGCAGUGUGUGCUGCAUAUUCGUGGGGUGAACAAGAUUUUCCUGCGACACUCACUUACAUUUGUGACAGUAUGCCGCCCAGUGCACAAUUCCACCCCCGCCAUUUUCAUUCCAUGCCAUGAUGAUCUUCUGACGAAUGAAAAGGCAGUGGAGGCAGAGUUGGCCACCGCGCGUGGGCCGUGGAUAUGUUCCCAGUGCGGAAUGCCAACAGAUUCUCGCACAACGUGCCACAAACCAUGUGGUCAAUUCCAACGCCCAAGCGGGCAACGCAUGUUCCUUGGCCAGCUUCGCCGAGAUGGCACGGUGCCCAUGGUCAAAUGGCUCCUGUCGACAGUUCUACAGGUGCCCCCUGGUGCUCUCAUGUCGGUGGAAAAUCACCGUAAUAAGACCUCUAAUAGGGGGAAAGGGUGUGCGUGGGUGACGCUGUGUGACGCUUCGGUGCCAAACCUCCUUGAUUACCACCACCGCAUCUUCUACGACGCUGUGCGUGGAGUGGAGGGUGUUUGGGUGGUGCCGCCGAAGGGCCGCGAAGCGUUGGCCGCUGUUGCCACGGCGCGUGGCGCGAUGUCGGACCGGCCGAAACACAUGCCACGCAAUACCCUGGUGGUGGAGAUGCCACUGUCGGUGCUGCCACCAGCCCCACCGCCACCGCGACCCGUCGCUUCCGUGGACAGGACGUGUGUGUCCCCACCACCCCCCUACGAAAUAUCUUUGCUUACAUCCAUGCACGGCUACAAAAAACAGCAUGGACCAUGGCGCUACGACCCCUACUCUUUGCGUGUGGCGGCAUCACCGCUUUUUCAGCACUAA